CUCUCAGUGACUCUUUGACUCUGACCAACAGGAAGUAAACAGCAACAAUCAGUGAGCUGAGCCGGUGAUAACAAAGACAACACUUACCUCUGCUCUACCUCUGCUCUAUCUCUGAUCUAUCUCUGUAUGAGAGACAGCAGCGAUGGAGGAAUAUAACUCUGGAGAUGAGGUUGUCUUUAAUGCCGAUGAGGUCAAUAUCUCAGUUAAAGAGUGUAUCGAAGGUGUUAUUGGUGGAACAGAUUACAACCAGAGUAAAGUGAACCAGUGGACGGCCAGUAUAGUGGAGCACUCUCUGACUCACCUGGUGAAACAAGGACGGCCGUUCAAAUACAUAGUAAACUGUGCGAUCAUGCAGAAGAGCGGUGCUGGUCUCCACACAGCCAACUCCUGCUACUGGGACACUGCCACUGAUGGAAGCUGCACAGUCAGGUGGGAGAAUCGCACGAUGUACUGUGUGGUCAGUGUGUUUGCUGUUGCGGUGGCGCUGUGAGCUGCUCUCUCUCUGUCCUGACACCGUCAAUGUCUGAAGUUGGAAAUGGCACCGUGACCAAGAAGCCAUGAAGAUCCUCUGAUGAUACCCUCUGUAUGUACAAGUAACUUAUUUCUCCCCACUGGCUUAAACAACGAAAUGUCAGGAAGAGAGUUGUGGUUUGUGAGUCGACAGCCUGCGUUCGUGUGAGAAAAUGUUGCUUUGUAUGGACCAAGGUCAAGAUUCAACCCUGAAGCAGUGCUUUGUUAAGAAACUACAUCUCAAACAUCACAUGUUCUUUGAUCAACAAAUGUUGAGAGAUUGAAAACUAAAUAUUUUCUCUCCGUAUGUUGUCCCAAAUGUUGUAAUCUGUGCAUACUGUAAAACUUGAUUAGAUUUUAGCCGUGCUAGCAGCAGCAGCAGCAAGGCUCUGCGGAUGGCAGUGUCUGUCUGUCGGUUGGUUCAGACUGAAAUAUUGCUAUUAACUAUUGUAUAGGGGUGUAAAUCACAAGUUGCAUCACGAUACGAUAUUAUAUUGAUUCUUUGGACAAUGAUAUGAUAUUUGCUGAUAUCACAAAGUCUGCCACGAUAACAUUUUUUGAUUUGAUUCAAUUCAGGGGCCUGCGAUCAAUAUGAAGCGACAUCAUAUGCCCAUUUAAUACAGUUAGCACUGCUUCGCCGAGUACAGCCUCAUAGCGCUGCUAGCAUGGCUGUAGACGCUUAGUCUUGUCUUCAUUCAUCACCUUCAGUACAUUCCCAAAUAAAAACAGUUGCUGUUGUGAAAUGUUUGGUAUUUAAGAAAAGUCUGUAGUAGCUGCCUGACCAUUUGUAUGAAGUGUCCCUACUAGUCUGCAUUAAUAUUUGAAUGACUGUUCUGUAUCUGUAUCUGUGCAGAUAUGAGAAUAUGUAUUUCCUUCAUGGUCAGAAAGACUAAUGCACUUUUUCUAGACUUUCUCCUUAGAAAUCCUUGAUUUCUUCUGUAAAACUGAGUUCAUUAACGAUGUUUAAUAAAUUUAAAUUAUUGGAAAACAUCUA